UGGGGAAGUGCAGCAUCCAAACAGUGCCUUGUUCUCAAAUACCCGCGUAGAUUAACAGAAUCAACCGUUUAACGCGAAGAAAUUGCGAAGAAACAAACCAACCGACAGUCGAUCCAUCUUCAGCAAUGGGGUCUCUUCCUUCUCCGUCGCCGGACCUCUGCGAAAAAGACCCCAAAAUUGACCGGAACGAGCUGCUCAGGCUCUUCCAGUCCCAGCAGAAGUACCUCAACUUCUUCUUCCAGAACCUCGACCUCUCUCAAACCCUAGCCUUCACCCAGACCCUCCUCAACGCCAAGGGCACCAUCUUCUUCUCCGGCGUCGGCAAGUCCGGCUUCGUCGCCCAGAAGAUCUCCCAGACGCUCGUCUCCCUCGGCAUUCGCUCCUCAUUCCUUUCCCCUGUCGACGCCCUCCACGGCGACAUCGGCAUCCUUUCGCCCGCCGACAUCCUCGUCCUCUUCAGCAAGAGCGGCAACACCGACGAGCUCCUUCGCCUCGUCCCCUGUGCCAAGGCCAAAGGCGCCUACCUCAUCUCCGUCACCUCCUCUCUCUCCAAUUCCUUGAUGGAUCUCUGCGAUUCCAAUGUCUAUUUGCCUCUCGAGAGGGAGCUCUGCCCCUUCGAUCUGGCGCCAGUCACCUCCACUGCCAUUCAGAUGGUGUUCGGGGACACGGUGGCCAUUGCGCUGAUGGGAGCCAGGAAUCUGACCAAGGAAGAGUACGCUGCCAACCACCCUGCCGGACGGAUCGGGAAGAGCUUGAUCUUUAAGGUGAAGGAUGUGAUGAAAAAGCAAGAGGAACUUCCCGCCUGCAAGGAAGGAGAUUUGAUAAUGGAUCAGCUAGUAGAACUGACCAGUAAAGGAUGUGGGUGUCUUCUUGUAAUUGAUGAUCAGUACCACCUGAUAGGUACAUUUACUGAUGGUGAUCUGCGGCGCACAUUGAAAGCUAGUGGGCAGGGGAUCUUUAAACUCACAGUGGGAGAGAUGUGCAACAGGAACCCCAGGACAAUAGGUCCAGAUGCGAUGGCAGUUGAAGCAAUGCAGAAGAUGGAAUCUCCUCCAUCCCCUGUUCAGUUCUUGCCUGUUAUCAACGAUCAGAACAUAUUGAUUGGUAUCAUUACGCUGCAUGGCUUGGUAUCAGCUGGCUUGUAAACGUGUAUGUGGGCGCCGUGCAGCAUAUUCCACCUCCCAUUUGGUACUACGGUAAUUAUUUGUAUUGGCCUUAAUCCUCCGAUGAGGUGGUCCAUUUAUUGUUUAGAUGAUUAAUUCGUUUUUUCCCUUUCUUCUCAAAUGUUUACAAGUUUCUUGUCCCUUAACAAGAUCCAUAUUAUAUGUACCCGUAUUCGUAUGUGCCAAUUAUGAAUAGAGAAUUUACGUUGGCAUUAGUUGUCCA